ACUUCAACUCCAUUGGUGAAACAAGAAGAAGAAAUCAUCAUAGUUUCUUCAAAAUCCUGGCAGCAGCAAACCGUCACCUUAGAGUAUCGUAGAGAAGACCCGACGUUGGAAGCUUGAAGUUGAUAGAGGUGUCCGUACGUUGAACGUUCGUUGAGGCGUAUACUUUAUUCCUAUCACUUCCGUCUUCAAUGUUAUCAAGGCGAGUACAUUGCACCCUAGCUUAAUUAAAUGAUAUUUUUAUCAGAUUUCAUCCAAAUAAAAUAAAGUAUAUUUAUCCAAUCAUGUUGUUUACAAAUUGUUCAUAUCAUGUGAUUCAUUUCAUCAUCCAUAUUGAAACAUAUCACAUCAUGUGCAUGCGCAAGAGAUGAGUCGGAAGUGCGUCUCUUGUAGUUGUGAUUGUGCGGGACUUAGCAGUCCGACAUCACGGACCGGGCUUAGUGUACGUACAUGGUACUUAGGCUUUCGAGUAUCACCCCUAUUUCUGCGUGAGUUCGUCGUACAAAAUGGGCGAAUCUCAUAGUUCAAGGCUUGUCCUUGUGACCUAGAAUCAUACAGCAUGAACUUAUCAUCAAGCAAAUGCAAUCAUUAUGACUAUGUAUGACAUCCAUUACGUAUCACUAUCAUCAUUUGAGCAUACAUGCUAUAUUAUGUCAUAUCAUGAUAAUUAUAUGUCUACUUGCUAUUCAUUUUGGAAUUGUUGUAUUAGCGUAUUCCUCAGCUGACGCUGAGCGUGUAGUUUGUUUUACUUGCUACACGCACGUAACAAUACUGAUCAUGGAGCCCAUCCCGGAGGUCAAUGAGAGUGACGAGAUGUACGGACUGGUGGACCACAUUUAUGAUGUUUUAAUUAAAUAAAUACCUUUUCGGGCGAGAACCCAGAAAAAUGUAAAACAAUUUGAUUAUGUUUUAUAUUUAAGCUUCUGCACUGUUUCAGCAAUACUCUGAAUUUAAUAUUUGAAAUUAUCAUUUAUAUUAAAGUUUAAAUUGGUUUUAAAUUAUUCCUCAAAUUGUUAUGCGUAUUUACCAUCAUGCCUGCUGCUCCACUUAUCACAUAAAUAUUAAAAUCCUUCAUUCAUCGUUCAUGAAUACGGCCGGAAGUCAACCCCUUGACCUCACCGUGCUUGACCAAAUCCCGGUGGCCCCUCCGCCGGAAUCCACACCGGAACUCACCCUUCCCCUAACUUUUCUCGACCUUUUGUGGGUACACAUGAGCCCUGUCCACCGCCUCAUAUUCUACCAACACCCCGUCUCAACCACCCACUUCCUUCAAACCCUUCUCCCCAUCAUCAAAACCUCGUUAUCCCAAACCCUUCAAUACUACAGUCCCUUAGCCGGCAGAUUGAUUGUCUCGCCCGACAACUCCGUCCUGCCGGAAAUCCGUUACGCCCGCGGCGACGCCGUCCCGUUACUCAUCGCCGAGUCCAAAUCAAGCGGCGACGUUUUCGACCACCUCGUGUCGGACGGUGUGAGAAAUUGCUCUGUUUUUCACCCGCUUGUUCCGAGCCUACCCCCUGCUUCAGACGGCGGCGGAUCGGCCGUCGCCGUCCCUGUGUUCGCCUUGCAGGUGACGCUUUUCCCCGACGUCGGGAUUUGCAUCGGCGUGACCAACCACCACGUCAUCGGUGACGGCAGCUCCAUCUUUCGGUUCAUGAAGGCGUGGGCUUUCUUGUCUUCUAGGGGUCGUGGGGUUGACCAAAACGCGUUACUGUCUCGAUUCUUACCGUUUUACGACAAAACGGCGAUCCAAGAUCGGAAAGGACUGGGGAAAAUAUUCUGGGACAACUUGAAGAACACCAAGAUUAAGGACACACACGUGCAUCGUCUCCCCUCGAUCGCCGACAAGGUCAGGGGCACUUUCAGAGUGUCACCGGACCAAAUCAAGAAGCUCAAGAACCAAGUCCUGAGUCGCCGACCGGAUCUGGUCCACGUGUCGACGUUCACCGUGAUUUGCUCGUACGUGUGGAACUGCCUGGUGCGAUCCAGACACGUGGAAGAGGAGGACGAGGAGGACGAGCUGUUUGCUUGCGCGGCGGAUUGUCGGGCGCGUUUGGAUCCGCCGGUGCCGGAGAACUACUUCGGGAAUUGUCUCGCUCCCUGUUACGGGUACGCGAAGGUGAGGGAACUGGUGAGCGAAGGCGGGUUUGUGGCGGCGGCGGCGGUGGUCGGAGGGAGCAUUCGCCGGCAACUGUACAAUAAAGAAAAAGAUGGAGUGUUCAUAGGCGGAGAGGAUUGGUUCAGUUUGAUGGCGAAGUCGAAUCCGGAUCGAGCCUUGGUCGUAGCCGGGUCACCCAAAUUUGACUAUUACGGGUUGGAUUUCGGGUGGGGGAAGGGGAAGAAGUUUGAGAUGCCAUCCAUAGACAUAACAGGGGCCAUUUCUCUGAGUGCUGACCGUAAUGUGGAUGGCGGUUUGGAGGUGGGGUUGGCUCUGCCCGUUGCCCAAAUGCACACUUUUUCCAAGAUUUUUUCUGCGGGUUUGGAGGCUCUAUAGUCUAUAUACGGGAUGAAUUCCCUCUUUGUGUAAAAAGCAUAACGCAUUUCAUUAUAUGUAAUUCAAAUAUACAUUUUCUCUAAUAAUGCAAACUGGAUUUG